AUGACCAACUUCACAUACCGUGACGGCAUUGCUGUCCUGCAGCUCGUCGCCUUCAUCCCGUGUCUCCUCUUUGCCACGGUUCUCUGCUUCAAGCAAGGAAUGAGAGCAGUCUCUGCCUGCUGGCGCUUUUUGCUCAUCUUGGGUCUCCUGCGUGUCAUUGCCGCCAUCUGCCAGCUUCUUCUCAUGACCCAUGACGACCGCGCCAUCGUCGUGACGAAGCUCACCUGCGAUCUCCUCGGCAUCGCGCCGCUGACCCUGGCCGCCGUCGGACUUCUUCGUCGCGUCAACGAGGCCGUCCUGACACUACCCAAGCAUGUCUUCCUCUUGGCCGAUGCUGUCAGUCUUGCCGGUCUCGGGGUCGGUAUUGCCGGUGCCGUGCAGGCAGUCGACAACAACAACAUCCCGUCUCUUCUCAAGAUUGCUCUUGCCCUUUUCGUUGCCUGUUUGGGCAUCAUGUUCUGCAUUCUCGGCUGGCUGACGGCAUCGGUCCAUCGCUUGCCACGCAACGAGAGAAUCACCCUCUAUUCCAUCUACGUCUGCGCGCCUUUUCUCAUUGUCCGUAUGGUGUACGCCUGCAUCGGCGACUUUGGCAAUGACUCUCGCUUCAGCAUCUUCAACGGCGAUCCCACCAUCUUUCUGUGCAUGUCCGUCCUCGAGGAGAUUAUUCUCAUGAUCAUCUGUCUUUACGUCGGCUACAUGUACCCACCCACAGCUGUCAAACACGGCGCUCCCAAGCCUCGCUAUGUGAGCAAAGCUUAG